AUGGCGAAGCAACAUCAGUGUCCACAGUGUCCAAAGACAUUCAAGACAGCAAAGGCACUGCGACUGCACUCUGCUACACACGUGCCAAUCGAUGAACGCUACAACUUCCCAUGUACCUACGAAGGAUGUCUACGUGUGUACACCAAGAAAUCCAAUCUAGACAGUCACAUCAAGCAAUUCCAUAUCGGUGAGGAAUGGAUAUGCAAACAUCUUAUUCCACUCAAAGACAAAGUUAAAUCGAAAUCAAAGUCGAAAUCAAAGUCAUCGACUCUAGCAGAGACUCCAACAACUGCUGAAGGAUCAAGUGAUAAAGCAGAGGAAAUGAUUAAAGAUGAAAAUGAAUUGGUGGAAUGUGGACAAGUGUUUAUGUCAAAGACCGCAUGGAAACGACAUACUUUAAAUUUACACAAUGGACAACCAAAGAUCAGACAACCAAAGAAAUCUAAAGUUGAUAAGGUCUAUGACGCACUAGUUGGUAGUAAAGUUCCAUUUUCAGAUAAACAACACUCCUAUUUCAAUAAUAAUAAAUCUUACUUAUUCUUAUCAAAAUGGGGUGGUGGGUUGAUCGAGGCUUUCAAUCAAAAAUAA